AUGGUACAGAUAUUUGAACAGAUAGUUGAUGAUGUGUAUUCUGAAAAAAAAGAUAAUGAAAACGUUGUAAUUAAAGAUGUAAAUUUGAUUGGUGGAAUUAAUGAUGAUAUUUCCGCAGCUAUCCUACGAGGUACUGAAGAAAUGCAAGUAAAUCCAAAUUUUGGUGAAAAAUUAAAUAAGUUUAUUCGUGCAAUUAAUUUUGUAUGA